AUGGCGCCUCGCGACCAAAGUCCUCGCGCAAGUGACCAUCGCCGUCCAUACUCAGACCGUCGCGACCACAACACAAGAGACACACGCGAACAACGACCACGCCGCGACCGCAGCAACUCUCGCGAUCGCGCCCCUCACUCUGCUCGUGGCGGUGGCCGUGGCGGCAACAUAAACCACAGAACCUCCGACCGCGACCACAGACAAGCCCGCUCUCGCUCUCCUAACCGCUCCUCACACACUAGCCACAACAACUCUGCGCGCCAACGCUCUCCUCCCCGUGCACCGCGCGGCGCACCCAACGCCCGCGAUCACCGCAAGCCGAAUGUCAAGGCUGAGGAAGCGCCUGCGCCGAUAGAUCCUGAUGAGGAUGAGGAGACGGCCAUGAAGAGACUGAUGGGCUUUGUUGGUUUCAGAAGCACCAAGAACACAAAAGUGCCAGGCAACGACAAGUUGUACGGUGUGAGGAAAGACAAGAAGACCGAAUACAGACAGUACAUGAAUCGUGUUGGUGGAUUCAACAGACCGCUCAGUCCCACGAGGAUGUGA